AUGCAGUCUCCUGGAAAAUCUCUGAAAGAAGCUCUGCUCUGUGCUCAGAGCGAGGAUCGACUCACUGUUGGAGUCUACGAGAGCGCUAAAAUUAUGACUGAUGACCCGGACAGUGUGUCUUUCUGCGUCCUGGCCAUGGAUGAGGAGUUUGAGUGUGACAUCGCUCUGCAGAUCCACUUCACCCUCAUCCAGUCCUUCUGCUUCGACAACGACAUCAGCAUCGUCAGAGUGAGCGACAUGCAGCGUCUGGCUGAGAUUGUUGGCGACAAGGCGGAGCAGCUUGAAGAUGCCCACUGCGUCCUCAUCACGAACCCAGCUGAUGGGUCUUGGGAGGACCCUGCUCUAGAGAAGCUGCACCUGUUCUGUGAGGAGAGCCGCCGUCUGAACGACUGGGUUCCUGAGAUCAACCUCCCCGAGCCUUGAUCUGGGACUCGGCUCCUCUCUUGCUCAGAUGCUGUAAAGCUUCUUAUCUGGAAAUACUCAUCCUGAUGAACAGGAUGACCCUGUUUCUGCUCAUCCCUGGAUACUCCUGAGGAGGAUUCCCGUCCAGGCAGCACGGCGCCGGCCCGAGGGGCCCCCGUGGAUCGUCGCCUCUUGUCCCGUCCAUGCCAAGAUGACUCUCAUUCUUUAUGUGAAUGAGGUCAGGUAUGCCACAAGAGCGACACAUCGACCCUCAUUCUUUGUGCGGAUGAGGUUUGGAGAGGAAGGAGAAGCGAGUUCUGCGUCCUGUGGUUCCACAGAGCAGAUAUCGCAUCUUGAAGCACGCGCAGCAGGCGAAGAAGCGGUGCUGAGAAAGAGGCAUUCUUAAAAAGGGACUUUUUAAAGAUGUCCUCUUUGCUGAGCAACACGACAACAGUUGCAAUCAGCGAAAAUGUUUCCCACUUUCCAGAAUUGUCUUAAUUCUCUAAAGGUUUCACUUUAGAAAUUUAACAAUGACAAACAUAUUCUUAAACAUUUAAACAAGUACUUUCUCUAAAGGUUUCACUUUAGAAAAUGGCAAAAUUAAGUUUGUUUAAAAAGAUGA